AUGCCAGAACCGUACUGGGACCCUGCAAAUCUCCUCCAGAUCGCCAACUCAUACACCGCCCUCGAGGUUCAAUGUCUCGGAUGCGUCAAGCAUAGUCAUGCUACCCGCUGUCGAGAGUCUCUGACCGGUUCUGAUGCCGCUACCGUCAUGACUGAGCUCGGGCAAAUGGCCACAAUUCCACCAACCAAAGUAACGCACCACGAUCUCGAGAGGCUGGCGAAGCUGUGUCUUUGUCGGGAGCACCGCACCUCUCAAUAUAGCCAAGUCUCCCAGAACUGGAAACCAGCCGUAGCCGGGGCCGCCAAACUCCACGAGCGCCUGACAAAGGGGCAAGGGAAUGCAGCCACAGAGAACUCGCGAUGGGACAAUCUACUGCUGGAGCGUCAGAAAUGUUUCGAGCUUCUUGGUGUCCAGAACGAGGACGCCGACCUGGCGUCGGAGCUCUCCGCUUGGCUGUCGAGCCACAAAAACGCAAAGUCCAUGGUCUCCGAGCUGCAGGGCGAUCUGGCAGCUGCCAACACUUCUAUCUGCACUUUAGAGGAUUGCCUAAGGGAUCUGGAAGCCGAACUCCACCGCGCCAGGACCCGAGAAACUGAGCUGAUCCAAGAGCGCCACGAUGCUAUUUGGCGGAUCCAAGAAACCCGGAAAGCCGAGCACAGUCGCCUCACGGGAAUGCUAAACCUGGUGAAAGCGGCGAACAACGACAGGCGGAGGUUUGAGAGCCUGGUUACUGCCUUGCGAGAGGAGCUCAGGAACGCUAGAAGCAGGUUGGAGCAAGAGAAAGCCAACACAAGAAGCCUCGAACAAACGGAAGCUGACUUGAGGAGGCGGCUGGUUGAAGCGACCGAAACCAGCCCCCAAGCGAACUCUUUGUCGAAAGAAGAAAGCGCUCAGACGAAAAUAUUGGAAGAAGCCAAAGAGGAGCUAGAACGACGUCUAUCAGAAGCAGUUCAGAAUCUAUCUUCGACUCGGCAUUUGUUGGAGAUCGAAAAAGCAAAAGCCGCGGCCUUGCGGGACAAACAAGAGGAUUGGGAGUGCCGGUUAUUGAACGCGUACGCCGAGGGGGAUCGCUUGUUGGCCGAGGAAAAGAGCAAUGGGAAAGCUCUACAGAAGGCCAAAACUGAUCUCGAGCGCCAGUUGCACGAGGCCAACGUGAGAUCGGACCGAUUAGUCUACGAGCAACAAACCAAGAUUAAGGUUCUCUCAAGCAUUAAACACGAGCUGCGGCUUCGACUGUCGGAAGUGAGGGCACGCAGCGUGGCCGAAGCAAACAGAUUCAAGCGAAGCUACGACGCCCUCUCCAAGUCUCACGCAACCGCUCUUGAGCGGGCCCGUCGCCUCCAGGCAUCCCUAGACGCGUGCAGGAGUCGUGUACGACUACUCAAGGACGAUCGCCUGUCUCUCGAGAGCGAGCUACGCCAAUGUCGGGCCGAGACCUACCCUCUCCGCACAACUAACGAACAUUUGCGGGACGAGAUUGAAAACCUGAAGUCCCAAGUGACGACGCUCGAACAAGCGCUUUCGAAAACCUGGCGCAACCGCCUUCGUAUAUUCGCCAGCCCUCACAAACCCGACCACGCCACCCAGGAUCCGCUCUCCGGCACCACGCUCAACCGCUGA